AUGGCACGUCUCAUACACCAUCUCUACAACGAGUGGGCAUUUAGACGGGAGAGAGUAAUUAGGGACAGAAGCAAUCCAUUGGAUAUUUAUAAUGACGAGGAGCUGAUUGAGAGGUUUCGAUUCGGUAGGAGAGAUCUGUUUGAACUCAUUGAAGAGCUGUCACCGGAUUUACGGUUCGUGUCGGGCCGUAACGCAGCACUGCCACCGGCCUUACAGUUGCUGACUGCUUUCCAAAAUAUCGUCUGGGACAUGAUCAGUGUCCACAAAUCUACUGCCUGUCGGGCCAUCCGCAGAGUGUCACUGGCACUGAGCCGCUGCCUUGAGCUUCAUGUUCACCUUCCCACCGAGGCAGAGGCAGUGGGGAUGAAGCAACGGUUCCGCCAGGCCUCCGGCAUCCCGGGAAUCGUGGGCUGCAUUGAUGGGACCCAUGUCAAGAUCCAGGCACCAUCUCAGCAUGAAUAUCUCUUUGUUAACCGCAAAGGAUAUCAUUCUAUCAAUGUACAGAUUGCUUGUGACGCCAAUUAUAAGAUCUUUAAUUUGGUGACAAGAUGGCCUGGAUCCACACAUGACGCUCGCAUCCUCUGGGAGAGUGCGCUGUACCGGGACUUCGAGGCUGGUAGGGUGAACGGGCUGCUCCUCAGUGACAGCGGCUACCCACUGAAACGCUGGCUGAUGACACCUAUCAUUGCUCCAAGGACUGACCAAGAACGGCGCUACAAUACCAUCCACUCAGCAACUAGGUCAGUUGUUGAGCGAUGCAUAGGCGUCCUCAAGCGCAGGUUUCACUGCCUUCACGGGGAGCUGCGGAUGCGUCCUGAAAGAGUCUGCACCGUGAUAGCUGCGUGCACGGUCCUCCACAACAUCUGUGUCACCAAGAGGAUCCCUCUCCCCAGGCAGGACCAUCAGCCGGUGCAGGAGGAGGAUGGUCUGCAGCCUGUGGUCCCAGCAGUGCAUGGGGACAUCGGUGACUGA